UAAUUAAGCAUUUUGAGCAUGAAUCCUAGUAUUAAGCAUGGCCAUUUACUUUCUCCGACAUUGCUUAGCCGUACAUAAAUAAACAUCAAAAUCUUGAUCAUUAUAUAAAGCCAAUUGAAAAAUACAGUUAUUGUAGUUAGAAUACAAAAAGAAAAAAAAAAUUGUUUAUUUUUAUAAAACAUUUAGCAUUAAUGCAGGCCUCCUCGUCGAAAUUUGAUCCCUAUGAGCACCUAAAAGUGGUGCUCAACGAUGACGGAACCCUAACCCGCCUCGUGGCCCUCCCCACAACUCCGGCGACCGGAGAAUCUGCUACCGGCCAUGAAGUGCUCAGCAAAGACGUAACCCUAAACGGCCAGAAGAAGACAUGGAUGAGAAUCUACAAGCCGGCUCAGAUCGCGGCCAGCGAGAAGCUGCCGAUCAUAAUAUACUUUCGGAACGGCAGCUGGAUCGGCUUCAACGUGGCGGUUUCCAUCCUCCACGAGAAUUGCAACAAGCUCGCGGCCCAGGUUCCGGCGAUCGUCGUCUCCGUGGACUACCGCAACGCGCCGGAGAAUCGCCUGCCGGCGCAGUACGAGGACGCCAUGGACGCCGUGAAUUGGGUGAAAAAUCAAAACCGCGGCGGCGACACGUGGCUCAAAAACCACGGAGAUUUCUCCAGGUGUUACCUCUACGGCACCAGCUGCGGCGCCAACAUCGCGUACCACGCGGCGCUGCGAGCCCUGGAUGAGAAUCCGGACGGCAUGACGAUCGCCGGCGUGAUUCUGAACCAACCGUUAUUCGGCGGGAAAAAGCGCACCAGAUCUGAGCUGAAGAUGGCGACGGACCAGUACUUCCCGCUGCCGGUAAUCGACGUUCUCUGGGAGUUAGCGCUGCCGCCGGGGGCAGAUCGCGACCACCGAUACUGUAACCCUAUUAAGGAUGGAGCGAGCAAGGCGAAACUGGCGAAAUUGGGGAAAUUUCUGGUGAUCGGAUUCGGAGGCGACACUCUGAUCGAUAGACAGCAAGAUUUUGUGCAGAUGCUGGUAAUGAGUGGAGCGAAGGUGGAAGCUCGAUUCGACGACGUCGGAUUCCAUGGCAUCGAAAUGAUCGAUCCUCGCAGGUCUGCCGCCAUUGUUAGUUUCGUCAAAGAUUUCGUUUGAUUUUGUUUGUUUAAUUUUAAUUUGUUUUGUUGUUGUACUACGUGUUGCAUGUAGUCCUUUCAAUUCCCUCAUGCAUCAUUUCCUUUUCUUUUUUACAUAAAUUACUCAAUAGCAAGCUGUGAUUUUUAGAAGGUUAUUGUUACAUAAAAAUUUUAUAAACAUUAUUAGUUUCAAUAAUUCAAAAUAAGCCCUAUUACAUAGGA